GAAGUAAGAGGAAAUACUUGCGCGGGAAAUAUUUUAAAUACGUGUAUGUUAUUAUUAUUGUCAGGAUAGUCAGUGGAGAAAAGACCGCUUUCUAGGUAGAUGGAAAGCAGUCUUAUAAAUGUAAGCCACCAAAAACUUUACACGACUCAAGCAAGUUAAAGGAGGUUCCUAAUUGUUGCUAAUUUUAGCUAUCAGAGAAUAGUUAGCAAUUAGGAUGGCGGAUAGAAAUCUGGUGAAGGAGCUGAAACGCUGGGCUACAGAGGAAUUUAAUCUGCCUCCCGACAGCCUACCUAAUGAAAGCUAUUUAAAAACGCUUUGUGUUGGGACUGGGAAGUCAAUAUGGACGUACAUGAUCCAACAUGUUUUCCAACAGAGGAAUGUGAGGAUCAUGCGAGGCAAUCUUCAGUGGUACAAGACACUACAAGACAAAGAGUUGAUGCAAUCUGAAAGCCAAAGUGAGGCAGCAAAGCGCAAAGAGCUUCAGACGAAGAUAGAACAGCUGAGGCAUGAGAUCAGUCACCUGGACUCCCAGAUCAGGGGAACAGAAGAACAAAUGGCAACACAAGAGCAAUCUAUCAAUCGCAUCUGGGUCCAAAUCGAGGAGAACCAGACCCGGGAACUGCUUCUGAAGGCUUUCAGACAGCGCAGCGUCUCCAACCGUAAGGUUCUCUCUGACGAUGUGCAAAAGAUAAACUACCACUGCCUGGUGCUGGAGCAGAUGGCUAGGGAAGCUGAGACUGAAGUGCUGUUUGGUGAUGAGCCCUCCAACCUCAGCUCAAAGGCUGUGGCAGUACCUCAAGUCCUGCGUGAGCUGAGAGGGCUGAGUGAAGACAGAGUCCACUUCUUUCAAUGCUUACAGGAGAGCGAAGCGAAAACGCAACAUUCUGCAGCCAAAAGCAUGGCUCGUGAGCAAAGGACGGCUGUGUUUCAGUACUGGCUCAAUACUGCUGAGGAAGUGUUGAGCAGUUACCCUCUUAGCCAUGUCCUCUCAGCGCUGCAGCAUCUAGCUGUGACAGAGCAGAAGGCUCUGCAGGACCAACUAGCUUCUUUGGAUGUGGCGCAGGACGUAGCGGCUCUACGAUUCCGAUUUGAAAGCGAUCACCUUUUGGAUAUUUCCGCAGAGGAGUGUGAUGAGCUACCGCCUGUUCAGACUCUCCUAGAGGCUGCUUGGGUUGAGGUGCAGCAGAGUUUCACAGAGCUGUCCCAGACUCGCUCCAGAAUCCAACAGCUCAAAACUCUGUUGAAGUCUCGUAAGGCGGAGGCUGAGCAGGAAGUGUCCGGUAUUGCAGAUGAGAACCUCAAUAAAAGCUUAGCACUGUCAACACUGGAGGUGGAGCUGCAGUGUGUGAUGCAGGCAGCCGCUCGGGAUCACAUCAGAGAGCGCUGUAUUCAGCUUGACCAGCAUGCCAGAAACCGUCAGGAGGCAUUAAGGAGUCUUCGUAGCCAGUGGCAGAGCAUUCUGGACUUCAGGGAACUAGUGGCUCUAAGACAGGAGCAGUUACGAGGUCUGAUUAAGGGGAACUCGUCAGCUAAGACGCAGCUGAUCAGUGUUCACAGAGAGUUGCAGGAAUUUAUCGAGGAAAAGCUUGUGCCACAGUUUGAAGACGUAAUUGGCACAGCCAACAAUCUCCGAAACUCUGUUUAUAAGGAGGCCAAACAGUUUGGAACAGUUUCACUUCUUGCUCUGGACCACAGGACCACAGAUGGAAUGCACAGAGUUCCUGCGUCGUGGUUGUCCAUUCACCGCCUGCAGGCCCCAAACUUCAGCAGCCUGCGUGAGAGCCUGGAGUUCCCUCUGUAUAGAGCUCCAGAGGAGUUGUGUUUCCAGUUGCUGUCCCAGCAGCUUGAGCUGCGUUUUCUCCGGGAGUUGCUGCAGCUUUACUCGGCCACACUGCAGAAAGUAGAGAAGGACUCUGAACUACUGCAUGCAUCUGAUCAAAAAGCUUUGCUGUCCAAAGUCAGGGAGGCGGAUCAAAAGCUCCUAAAGUCUUUGCUGCCAAGAGCCAGAGGUCUCACCAACCGCUGCGCUCAGGGUCUUUCUUACGGAGCUCAAGUCAAGACCGCCAUCUCUUACUGGUGGGACAAACCAGCCCAGCAUGUUCUGCCUGAGCUCAGCAAAGGAGGACUGACUUUCCAACAGUGGCUUCAGAUAUGGAAACUUAAAGCAAAAGCUUCAUAGUUUAUACCCCAAGGGUUUAAAACACAACUGAGCGCUUUAGUCACCUUUCAAAUACAUUAUUACAUUGUUAGUUAGAAAACUCUGAAAUGUAAUUAAAUUCUUGUUUGUUUUUCCUUUGUAUUUUACAGAUGCCUUGUUACGCUUAACACUUGUCAUGUUUAAAUCAGACAUUAAAAAACGCAUUUUGAAA